UGUGAGCACGGAUUAGGAGAGAAAACACAUUAGGCAGGCAGAAUGCAACCGACGUCAUGACAUCACGAAUAUUUUCAUUUACGCAUGAUGUCAUCUAGCGACAUUUAGCGACUUUUUGGGCAGGCUUUAGCUACUUUCCUUUGAAAAUAGUUGGAAACAGUGGUGCUAUUAAUCUUUGCAUUGCAGUUGUUGGCCUGUCUGACCAGAAAUAAACCCGAAAACGUCACCUUUUCACAGUUAUAUCUGCAGAAAUGGCUGAUUCACAGGACGACAAGCUCUACAAAGCCGAAUAUGCGAAAAGUGGACGCGCCUCUUGCAAGUUAUGCAAAGAAAACAUUGCUAAGGACUCGCUGAGAAUGGCCAUUAUUGUGCAGUCUCCCAUGUUUGAUGGCAAAGUGCCUCACUGGCACCAUUUUUCCUGCUUUUGGUUCCGGGCUGCAGUAAAGUCACCCUCUGACAUAUCCGGAUUCACUGACCUGCGCUGGGAUGACCAGGAGAAAGUGAAGAAAGCCAUUAAGAGCGGUUCACAGAAUAAGAAGCUCUACAAAGCCGAAUAUGCGAAAAGUAGACGCACAUCUUGCAUGUUAUGCCAAGAAAACAUUGCUAAGGACUUGCUGAGAAUGGCCAUUAUGGUGCAGUCUCCCAUGUUUGAUGGCAAAGUUCCUCACUGGCACCAUUUUUCCUGCUUUUGGCUCCGGGCUGCAGUAAAGUCACCCUCUGACAUAUCCGGACUUACUGACCUGUGCUGGGAUGACCAGGAGAAAGUGAAGAAAGCCAUUGAGAGCGGAGGUGCUACUGGAGGUGAUUUGUUAAAAUAAUGUUCCUUUUGAACUAAGCACUGAUUUUGUUUUGUUUUUUUGAUUUGCCAUAUGGGCUGCAAAGCAGUUAGGCUUAAGUCACUAAGUCUUAAAUUAACUUUAGCAACUUUAGCCACUUAAAAUUAUGAUGUGAAACAUCAAACUUGGAUUCACUGUAACUUGAGUUGAGACACUGCCUUCAUCUUCAAAAGGAUACCUCAAAUAUCAUAUAAAAUCCUCAUAUGGACUUGCAGAAUUGUUCCUUAUUCCUGCCAUGACAGCAUAAAAUACUUCAUAUGUACAAAUUGUGCACAAACUGUCUAUUCGUUGUAAGUUUCAUGAUCACUACAAUUAUUUUGUACCGCACAAGAAUAAUAAAGAAGACAAGAAAAUGUAAAAUAUUUGUUUUUUAAAGUUAAAAUAUAGUUUUAUAAGUUAAUCAUCUAUAUUUUAUUCUUUACUUUUUCUGCAUUUACAUCAGAGGUUUGUUUCUGAUUUUCACUUAGAUGUAAAUACCAUUUAAAAUGUAAUUUUGUGUAACAGCCAUUUUAUAUUGCCUUGGAUCUGAACUGUAGUUAGUAAUGAAGAAAUGGAUUCUGGAAUACACUGCCGCUUCAAUAUAUAUUAAUCAAGUUAUUAAUCAACAUUUAUAUUUCUGUUAAAUUAUCUGAAUGACUUUUUCAAUGUAUGUUAAAGCAUUUAUUUUCCUUUUCAAACACUAGAAAAUAAGUUUGAAUAUUGUCUGUACCUCUCACUGAGAGAAAAGUACAUGUUAUCAGUAUGUUUUGGGAAAGAGCAGAGCUCAGAUCAACUUCAGCCUUGACGAAGCUGUGAAUCACGUGUAUCUUUGUAUGUGCGCUAAGUGUUCUGUGCAGGUCCUUUGUACUGGACAAAUGGCACUCUGCUUAAGACCAGCAGACGCCAUGUCAUGAACCCAUAAGGACAUCCAGUACCUAAAUCCAGAAUCCCCUCGUCAGCAUCGUGACGAAUGGAGAUAUGCUUCUGACUAUCUGUCCAUCAUGCGUGAAAGAUUACUAAAUUUGUCUAUUUUCCUUAGCCAAUCAGAAUCAAAUCACCUGAAGUAAUGACGUAGUUAGUAGACUUUGUUAGAGUAUAAUUGUUAUGGAAAUGUGAAUGUACGCAGAGCGGCCUACGAACUCCUUGUGAGACUUGAA